AUGUUUCCCUUCAAAGUGAGCAAAUGGAUGGGGUUUGGCUGCUUCCGGUCGCUGCUCUCCCCUUCCCCUACCAUACGCCAGAAGAAGUUGAUCCACAAGCUGCAGGAGGAGAGAAACUUUAGGGCUGAGAUGAAGGUUUUCCGUGAAAAGAUCGAGGCUUUCAGGGAGCAGAUGUGGGAGUUCCAGGCAAAGAUUCGAGGAUUCCGGGGCCGAAUCAUGGGCUUCUGGGAAGAGGAAAACCCUUUUUGGGAAGAAGAAAAAACCUUCUGGAGGGAGGAAAAAGCUUUCUGGGAAAUGGAAAAAUCCUUCCGAGAGGAGGAAAAAGCCUUCUGGAAAAAAUACCGUGCCUUCUGGAGGGAGGAUGAAGCCUUCUGGAAAGAGGACAGUGCUUUGUGGGAGAGAGACCGGAACCUCUUCCAAGAGGAUAAGGCUCUGUGGGAGGAAGAAAAGGCUCUGUGGGUGGAGGAGAGAGCCCUGCUGGAGGAGGAGAAAGCUCUAUGGGGGGACAAAAAAUCCCUCUGGGAAGAGGAAAAUGCCCUGUGGGAGGAGGAGAAAACCUUCUGGGUAGAGGGUGGUGUUCCUGUAGGAGAGGAACCACUACCCCGUGAAGAUGGGGCCUUCCAUGCCAGUGGAGGCCCAACGCCGCCAAGCCAUGCCAGAGGCAGAGCCUGA